UCCUGGCCUGGAGGCAUAUUUUUCAGUGGCGACGGGACUGUGAUCUACGUGUGGAACAUUUUAGUGUUGUGGUUUAGUACAUUGCAGUGAAUAAAAACAGUAAUAAUGGCAGUCGGAAAGAUAGCACCUUUCGAUAUGGACAAAGAUUGUUGGGACUUAUACGUGGAGCGUUUGGAACAAUAUUUUAUAGCGAAUACAGUGAGUGAAUCGGUUAAAGUGGGUACCUUAAUUACGGUGGUAGGCAGGGACGCGUAUGAACUUAUGGUUAAUUUGUGUACGCCGGCCCGCCCGGCAACAAAGACUUUUGAUCAGUUGAAGGCCAUCAUGAAAUCGCACUUGCAACCUAAACCUAGUGUAUUAGCAGAAAGGUUCAAAUUCCGACAACGACGCCAAGCAAGUGAUGAAAGCAUAGCGGAGUAUGUCGCGGCGUUGAAAAAAAUGUCAAUGACUUGCAAUUUUGGCGCGGACUCAUUGCAAGACAAUUUAAGGGACCAAUUUGUUUGCGGUUUAUCGAAGGAUGUUAUACGACAGCGACUAUUCGCAGAGGAGGAAAUCACGUUCGAGAAAGCAUUCAAAUUAGCCGUAACGAUAGAUUCGGCCGAGACGGAAUCGGCGGUUAUGGAAAAGCGAGUAGACAACCAUGGAGGAAGUACGGGUGUCUACCAGGUGGCCUCGAGCUGGGGGCGAGGGAGCCAUGGUAACGGUGGAGCCGCCGGGGGACGGAAGGUCACGGGGGCUACGCGAGGCGGGGCAGGCGCCGGGCGCGGCGCGAGCGGCCGCGGCGGACGACACGGGCCGGGCGCCGCGGGCGCCGGUCGGGGGCGCGGCGCGUACGGCAGCGCAGCUGGCUGCAAGACGUGCGGCGGCAGUCAUGACUCCAACACGUGAAAAUUUAAGGCGUACGUGUGUCGGGUGUGCAACCGAGAUGGACAUCUGAAGAGGAUGUGUCCGAGACUACGCGAGGAACAGCUGUUCGCGUUGUAUGACGGAGGCGCGGACGGGCAGGUGGCGUAUGACGACAGCGAGGGAAGUGACGAGGUAGUUACCUAUAACUAUUCUAUUGCUUUA